CGGCGAUGGGCGUCGGCGACGGCGCGCGGUCGGCGGCGAUCGCCGGCGGCGACGAGUCGCUCGCGCUGCUCGCGCGCGCGCGCGAUGACGCGCCGGACGUCGAGCGCGGCGACGCGACGACGCGUCAACACCCCGAGCGACGACGCGGCUGGCUGCGCGCGACGACGACGUGGGCGACGCAUCCGAUCGUCGUGGCGACGAUGCUGACGCUGGGCGUGUGUGGGAUGGUGGCCAGGGAGGAGAUGCUGGCGAAACAGAGCGACGCGGGGGCGUUCGUGCGCGUGGCGCACGAGAUUUGGCUCGGGAGCGAGGUGCCGGGGGUGAAGCGAAUGAUUUUCGAGCGCAACCGAAGGGUGUUGGAGGCGGCUGGGUGGGAGAUGCGGCUGUGGACGGAGGGAGACAUUAAUGAGAGGAACUUUCCGAUUACGCUGGCGACGCUCGAGCGCGGGCGGGCGUUUCAUCAACUCACGGGAUCGAACGUGUAUUCGAUGUUGGUGGAUUUGAUGAAGUACGAGGUGUUGUUUCGUCACGGCGGAUUGUACUUGGACACGAACGUGGAGUUGUUCAAGGACAUCACGCCGUUGUUUCAUAAGACGUUGCGGGCGAACAAGGAGGUGUUCAUGGUGGCCGACCCCGGGGACUCGAGGUUCUUUAGCGCUGGGAUAUUCGGCGCGCUCACGCCCGGAGCGAGCGUGUUUCGAAGUUUGUUCAACGACACCUCCUCGGACGGAUACCUGCAAAACAUAGAUUUCGGCAAGCGGUGCAUCGCGAACGCGAUCACGGGUCCUGUGUGGUUGUCGCACAUCAUUCGUGCGAACGAUUUGAGAGACACGAUACUGAGGCUCGAUCGCGACGUCGCGUACCCGCUCGGAUGCGGCGAAAAUGAGUUCGAUACGUGCGUCAAGCAAGUCACGCACGAAGACGCCAAGAACGAUCCUGGCAUGCGGUGGAUGAUGAAUAACGGCAAGGCGGUGGAUGGGAGCGAUUUAGAUGGUACGAAAUCGUCGUUCACUAAGUACGUGACGCAGACGUGGCGGCGUGUGACAUCUGGCAACGAUGAUUGGAAUCCGUUGUCGCUCUCAAACGCGCUCGUGGAGGAGGCGGACGGGACGUUUUGGAAAACGACUCUUCCGUGCACGUCGAUCGCCAGCGCGUACCCGCAAUCGUACGCUAUCGACCACUUUUCGUUUCACGGCGCGAGUUGGCAGGAUGGGUGCACGAAUCAAGAGCGACAAGCCAUGGUGGUGGAAUGGCUCGAGAAGAACAUCCCGGCAGAUGAAGAUCUCGUGCACAAGUGGGCGCUGUCUUUCGUUCGCGUGCUCUCGUCCGAGGCUACGAGCUCGCUCGUCACGCGCGUGCGAUUGCACGAAACCGAGGGCGUGUAUAAAAAAGCCCGUCUCGUGCUCGCUUCGUCGCCUUUGCGCGGCGGCGCGUCACUUCUCGGUGAAGCGCUUGCGACGUCUUCCAAUCAUCCGACGUCGUCCACGUUGUGGGAGCGAGACGGCCAGGUGCGAACGGAUUCGUUUUUUGCGAAUUACAUCACCCUUGGCGAUUGGUGGUCGGUGGACGAACUCCCCGACAAAGACGACGAAACGUCUUGGCGUUCAAAGCUCCGAAAGUACUUGCAAGACAUCGGCGUCAAGGAUGCCACGAUUGACGCCUCGCUGACGUAUCCGGGUGAGUUCGUCAACGAAGUAUUGAGCCGAGCGUGGGAGGCUGGCGUGGACAAGGUGUACGUAUCCAUCAUCGGCGCGCACAUCCAUUCAACGCCCGAGACGAGCAAACAUUCGGAAGAUGUUCUCAGCGCCAUCUUGGACGCCGCUACGGAAGACCCCGUGCUGUUGUGCUUGAGUCGCGAAAACAAGCUCGACAUGUACGCGUCGUCGAUGCGUGCGGUGAACGGCGACGCGCCGUUCCAGCAGAUUCGAGAGGCUGCCGAGCCUUUCGACGCGGAAAACAUCACCGCGCGCGAUCCGAACGUCACGUCCGCGAACGUGCGGGUGAAGUUUAUCGAGAAAACGUUCAGAAAUCUCAUUCGAGAGGACAAGCGAUGGUACGAGGCGACGGCGAGCGUCUUGCGAGCGCACCAGCGCGAGUGCGUGAACUUGACCUACGAGACCGAUCUCGCAAACGUCGACGCGUUGACGCGCACGAUUUCAAAACUUCACGACGAUUUCGAUCUCGAUUUGAACGCCGACGCGUUGCGUUUGCUCAAGCUCGAGCGCGUCAACGCCUUUGUCUCGGCGUCGGAUUUCGAAAACGCCGGCGAGUUGAGCGCGCACGCGCGGCAGUUUCUUCGCCCCCCGCCUCACACGUAGCUCACAUAGAAAGUAGCAU